GUGGUCCAAAAAAUACACCAAUUCCACCAUGAAAUAUCUAGUUUUCAUAUUCUCCCUGUUCCAACUCGCGAGCACCUCGGGGCUCCUGGAUAUUCACCUAAAAAGUGCCCAUGACCAAUCCGCCACCCUCACUCUUACCGACGAGCAACUUGACACUGAAUAUUUGCGACUUCCCAUUAAAAUUUCGAAAAACGAAGAAUUCAAGUUUGAGGAUAUUCUUGUAGACUUUAACACUACCUAUUCUGUAAAAAUAAUUCUCAAUGAGACACCGAAAUUGGGUCUUGCGGAGAGCAUUUACACUGGAACAGUGAAUCCGGCUCGUGGAGCAUCUUCUCCAGAAACUCUGAAUCUUCCGUUGACUGGAAUGAUGUUUGAGUUCAAGUGUCAAGAAAACUGGACCGGCGAAAAAUGUGACGUACGUUGUGACAAAAACUGCACAGAACCAUCUAAGACUAUCAAUGACAUGGAAUUCGAUGUCAGUUACACUGUGAACCCUAUGAAACUGGAGACAAUUGUGGCGAUGCUUAAGAAGGAUAAUGAGGUCGCCAAUACUUUGAGUGAGACCAGAAAGGAGGAGGAGCAGCUGUUGGAAGAAGUUAUGGAGGGCUCCGGGGAGCACUUAUUGAUUAAUUAAUUAAUACAUUGAUAAUGUGAAAGUAUUUUCUACAAUAAUA